AUGACUUCAGUGAUUAAUUACACCCCCCGUUCUACAGAAACCGCUUACCAGAUCGCAUGUGGAGUGAUUCACCUCCUUAAAAAAUCAGGCGAGACACUCGCCGUUUCCGAGUCACUUACUGGCGGCGGACUCAUGGGUACUAUCACGUCUGUUGAAGGAUGCAGUUCUGUUUUCCGUGGCGGGGUCGUGUCAUAUGCAACACCAAUCAAACAACAUCUCCUUCAAGUCGAUGGCGACCUGAUCGCUGAGCAUGGCGUUAUCCACGCUGACGUCGCCGCCCAAAUGGCUAUCGGAGCCCGGAACAUUACCACCCAACAUGACAUGACUCCAACUUCCUGGGGCAUUGGGACAACGGGGAGUGGCUGGCCCUGA